AAUCUGGAAGGUGCAGGGAUAUACAUCAAUCGCGUCAAGUGAAAUUAGUGGCCCCCUCAUGUGCGAGAAAUGGAGGCAUUUCUGACGUUGGAAACGUUUAAAGGCAUCAUCUCAAGGUCCGACGCUGUAGCUCUUGUUGGAUCGGAGGAGAUGGACAGAAUACCUGAGAGGGCUUUCGUCGAUGAGGCCACUACGCCCGCAAGGGAUGCAAUCAUUGCUCUUCAGAAAGCGAAGGAAAUGCUAGAACGCCCGCAGAGCUUGAUUGGUCAGGUUGAGUUCAGGUGGAUGGAGAUGAUUCGCGAACUGGUCAGCGACCUGCGGACGAACGGCGCUUUGCAAUACACCCAGUGGGUCUACUGUCCGCCGAGGCCGAACCUUUGGCGGCGCCAAAGCCUGACAUGGGCUUCGGGCUUCGAACGCAGCAAUCUUCCCAGCAAUAUCUGCGGGAGCGGCAUUCAGAGGCCGCAGUACUGUCGAGAAGCUAUCUGAAUGCACUUUCGCUUCGCCACGCGAUUCCUCCUUGGCCCUCGCCUGGCAUUCAAGAACUUGCUUUUCCCUGUAUCAUCCUCGAAGCCAAGUCCGACUCCCAGCCUCUUCUCUAUGCCGAGAAUCAAGCUGCAGGAGAGACUGCUACCUGUCUGAAGAUGAUCGAACGCCUGGAGGAAGUCUACUUUAACACGAAUGGACAACGUUUUUCUCCUCUUUCGGUCUUGGCGAUAUGCUCAGAGGGCCCAACCUUCGAAACUCUGAUCGCCUUUCAAAGUGACAUCUCAGAUGCAUCAAUCGCACAAAAUAUCGU